ACAGUUUUAUGAUUCAAUGUUUCUAAGACAAAAAACAAGAUGUUAAGAAUAGGACUUAUUUCAAAUAUAUUGGGGCAUUCCAAGAGGUUGGGCCAUGUAGUGUCACCAAAGCAUCUGUACAGACCCUCCCCUAUGUCCUUAGCAGAACUGCUGAAGUUUGGUCAAAAGAAGUGUGAGAAGAAAUCUUUCCAGUUUCUUAACGAUGAAAUCCCUAUUCGUCUUGCCCACAUCAUGCGGGAGUUUGAAGACCUUCCCAAAGAACUACUGACCAUGAAAUCGGUGAAACUUGUACGCAGUUGGUAUGACAUAAGUUUCCAGGAAGUGCAAGCAUUCAGAGACAGAGAUCCGGAUGAUGAAAAGGUUUUACAGGAGUUCUCAACAGCAAUACAGAAUAUACUCAAUCGUCAUUCUUAUGUAGUGGAAACGAUGGCACAGGGUGUUAUAGAAAUGGAGGACACAUAUGGAUUGGAUGGCAGAAUCAACGAAAGAAUUCAGUAUUUCCUCGACAGAUUUUACAUGAAUCGCAUCAGUAUACGCAUGCUUCUGACUCAACAUGCCGCACUGUUUGGAAAUAUAACAAACCAUCCCAGACGUAUUGGACAUAUAGACCCCAACUGUGAUGUUAUAGAAUGUGUUAAAAAUGCUUUCUUAUCUGCCAGACAUAUUUGUGAACAUUAUCACAUGCAGUCCCCAGAUCUGGAGAUUAUCACUGCAGAUGGUUCAAAUGCAGUUCAUUUUGUGUAUGUACCAGGACAUAUAGAGCAUAUAUUAUUUGAGAUUUUUAAGAAUGCCAUGAGAGCUGUUGUGGAGUUCCAUCCAGACAAAAUUGAUUUGCCAAAAUUAAAAAUUAUUGUGUCUAAAGGGAAGUCAGAUAUGACGAUAAAGUUGUCAGAUCAGGGUGGUGGAGUCCCGCAUAAAGACACAGAUAAACUGUUCCAGUACAUGUAUUCUACAGCUCCUCGCCCUCAGUACACAGGCCAGGAAUCCCCACUGGCUGGAUAUGGUUAUGGGCUCCCGUUGUCUCGGCUCUAUGCCAGGUAUUUCCAAGGUGACUUGGUGGUCAACUCCAUGGAGGGGUAUGGUACGGACGUCUACCUAUACCUUAAGGUGAAUUCUUCAGAGGCCAAUGAGUGUUUACCCAUUUACAACACAACUACCUCUAGAAUGUAUGAAGCAGAAAAGGUUGUGUCUGAUUGGUCCAGCAAUACAAACUGGAGCCAAUCAAUGAGGACUUACUGCACAUUUGUAAGAAAGCCACCAGAUGUAUCAGAAAACAGUAAAAAGUCUGUCCAAAGCUUCUGCAGAUUAAUCCCUCCUACAACCUUGUGUUAAUUUAGAACGGAGUCUUUUUGUUAAUCAAUGUUGUUGUCUGUGAGACUGUAACUUUUAUGUUGUGAAUCAUUGCAUCACUUUCCAUUUAUAUGUUUGAAAUGUAAGACUUGAGAAUUUUCUUGUUUUUUCUGUCAAAAGAGAUUUGCUUUUCAUUUAAAGCAAUAUUUUAUUAAAUGUCUCUUUAACUUGUCUUGCCAGCCAGUCUGAUAGGUAAUGUUGAAGACAAUCACUUAAAAAACAAGUCAAUUUUUGUGUCAUUUUUCCAUUUAUGUUAAACAAUUGAUAUAGUCCAAGGCAAAUUAUUCCUAGCGAAUAUAACUAGUAUAGGAAAGAAUGUACAUGGUUCUUAAAUCAAAAUAAGUAGUUUAAAAUCCACGCAAAUAUUUUAUGUUGUUUUAGAGUCUUGGACAAAAUAUGAUGUGUGUAUUGCUGAAAGCUUAUAAUGUCAAGAGUUGUAGGUACAGGAAUGUGUACCUUAUAACCUACUGUUCCUUGUCCAGAAGUACUGGUGUAUUUUCUGUAUCAGAUAUUUAUAAAUGUUUAAGUUAUUAAUAGUACAUGUAAUAGACAGAUUUUUUGAUAAUCCAAUGUUCAUAUACUGCAGAUGUACUUUCUUCCAUGUGAGAUUAAUUUACGAUAUGUACAUGGUCACAAUUUUCCUGCGGACAUCUGUCACAGCAUACUUAAAGUGCAUUUAAUACAAACAAAGCACAGGCGCUUGACGUUUUUAACCUUUCUUUCCAUAAAUAAAAAAUCCCCCAUUCUAUAAUAAUAACAAGGUUCGUCACGGUCGCCAUCUUGAAUUUUUCAGUUCAGCUACUUUGCCUCGAUUUUUAGUCUACAAUGUGUUUGAAAUUAACGGAUACAACCGUUUCCCUCAAGUACUUACUUUAACUAUGCCUCCACUUUCGGGCAAUUCAACUCAAAUCACAUUAAAUCCUCUCUCAUUCUUAAAAUGUCGCUUCAAACUCAGUCUACUGCUACCGAUUCCGUAAAACUUAGAAAAGGGAGGCCGGAAGUUGAUGUUGUUAUGUAAAUAGGAAUUCCCCCUACUUAAAUUUCAUUGGUUAAAAGAAAUAUGACGUUUCGCGGGAAAAAUCAUGCAAAGACAGUAACAAACUUUUUCGACAUGUUGAAUGCUGAGCAGGCCGAUGCUUUCCAUAAUCAUCUGAUCAGAAAUAAUAUGUGAAAUAUUUUUUUCUUUUAUUUUGUUGAAGAAAAAAUCAUGAGGAAAUAAAAAUUAUGCUUGGUCCUGGAAUUCUGGUUACUAAUUUCUCGUGUAAACCAGACCCCUUGCAUUCUAGCAUAAAUAUUUCUUCCCUAUAAUGGUACUAUUUUCAGUGUUUGGAAGCGAUGAAAAUUAUAAAAAAGAAGGAUAGAUAUGUGUAUGUUUUAUUUUUCAUCACAGUGGUGAGCUGGCCCAGAUCACUGAACCUCCAUGUCCCCUCUUUCUACAGGCGCGAAGCUGUAUUUGCAAGUACGCAAGUGCGUUACUACACAUCGUUUAAAAAAAAAAAAACUAGGUCUGAGAGAGAGAGAGAGAGAGAUUGUUGAGAAAAAAAAUAUUAGCAUCAUCCGGCAAAUAUUUUUGUUUCAAAUUAUUAAUUGUAAUUAUUUCGAAUCAAAUUUUAUAUCAUUACGUCUAUUUGAAAUCUUUUAUUGAAUCAUUGCCAAAUCCAAAUAAAUCAUUAAUCUAUAGUAAGUGUUCUAUAACACAUUAAUAAUUCUAUAAGACCUUUGAGAAAUUAAUUAUCGUCAAAUGGCUUGAUCAAAUAGUAUACUGGCGGAUUUAGAGGGGGGCAGGGGAACCCGCCCCCCCCCCCCUUUGUGUCCAAAAUAUGCAUAAGAUUUAAUAAAGCAAUUUUUUUUGUGUGUGGCUGUGAGCCCCUACCCUGACCCCAAACUGGUCGCCCCCCCCCCUCCUUUUUUCAAGAUUCCUGGAUCCGCCACUGUAGUAUAUGAUUUUAAAAUUAUUUUUGCUACCAACAUUUAAAAUACUUGCUGCUGAACAUUAUUAAUACAUUAUCAUAACAGAGAGCAGACGAUACAAAUGUAGUGGUAAAAGAUUCUGCAUGCCUCAAGUACAUUUACAAUAAGUUACCGAGAAAGUUAAACUUCGUGUUAAAAACAAUAUUACUGUCUUGUCUUUCAUAAGAAAAGCCAAAUACCAUGCUAUUCCCUGCAGGAAUGUGAUUGAAAUAUUUGUACAAGCCAUGAGCUCCCCCCCCCCCCCCCGCCCCAAUCAAGGCUUCGCCUAAAACCUAUGGAUGGCCUCACAGAUUAUAUUGCCAUUCAUUUAUUUUUAAGGGAGGACCAAUUGAUUCUGGAAAGCUGGGGGGGGGGGGGGGGGCUGGGCUGGCAAUUUUUCCCCAGCUUUAUUUCCAUGUCGGUGAAGGACAAUUAAAUUGAUUUUCAAAAUCUGCCAGACCCCCCCCCCCCCCCAAAAAAAAAAAAUUCAGAAUUAAAUUGUUAACGCUUUUAUGUUUUGACAAUAUAAUUGAUUUUUUAUUUUUUUGGAUUUAAGCCCCCCUUUACUUUCAGAUGUGUAACUACGCCUCUGUAUGUAAAAUACUGUAACAGUGUAUACUAUUCAGCCUAAAUAUUUCAGUGUUUCUUAAAUAGUAGUUGAAAAAAAGUACACAGUUUUAGGCUAAAUAUAUAUUUAUUUGCAAACAGUUGGGGACUAUAGAUGUAUUAAUAUAUAUUACUAAGUUAUUUAUAAAAUCUAGAACUGCUCAAGCUCCAUAUUUAAACAGAUCUUAAUAUUAAUAUAACUCUCAAGAUAUCCACCAAUCAGAAAAGGGCUUUCCCGAAUUGUGACGUUCUAACAUCAACUUCCGGCCUCCCUUUUCCAAGUUUUACGGAAUCGGUAGCAGUAGACUGGGAUUGAAGCGACAUUUUAAGAAUUAGAGAGGAUUUAAUAUGAUUUGAGUUGAAUUGCCCGAAAGUGGAGGCAUAGUUAAAGUAAGUACUUGAGGGAAAUGAUUGUAUCCGUUAAUUUCAAACACAUUGUAGACUAAAAAUCGAGGCGAAGUAGCUGAACUGAAAAAUUCAAGAUGGCGACCGUGACGAACCUUGUUAUUAUUAUAGUAUGGGGGAUUUUUUAUUUAUGAAAAGAAAGGUUAAAAACGUCAAGCGCCUGUGAAACAAAGGCAAUCCAAGAACUCCGUGUAAUUAUGACCCUGUGGAAAAAAGUACAUCUACAGUAUUUUCUGUCUAUGUUGGUGUGAUUUGUGUAUAUGUGAUAAUGAAUAUCAAAUUCCUAUACUGUAAACCAACUUGUAUUCGCUUGCGAGAAAUAUCCGCUUGUUUCGCAACCUACUUCAACUCGCGAAUAUUAAUUGUCCCGAACCAUUUUUUUUGCUUUGUAUUUAUAGAGAAUGUUUCCUAAGUCGCGAAAAUUAAUCAGCGGGGAUUGAUUUCAAACUGACGAAUCGUGAAUAAUAGUUGGUUACCAUAGUUAUAUUACGUAGAAUAUACUUGUUUGUCUAUUUUAACCAAUCAGUUGUUUGCCAUGUGGGGCAGGGUAAAAGUAUUUCAGAUGGUGCAUAGUUUUAUUAAAACAGUCUUUCAUAUGAUCUCAUCCUAGAUGUUUGAUAUUUUGAAAAAUUUUCUUAGAAUUAUAUUUAACUGUAGAAAAAAGUAAGUUUCUGUAUCCAUCACCAAAUCAUAUAUAAAUAUUUUUUAGCUAGUAUUCAUAACAUACAAGAAAUCUCUGCAUACCAUUAUUAGUUUGGUGAGUAAGAGAUUAAAAGGAGACAAAUUUUAUUUUUAUCAGCCUUCAUUUUGUCUAAAGUGAUCUGUUAGAGUCUAUUUUUAAAAUGUGUUUUAUGUUAAAAAUAAUUAAAAACUUCAGAAAAUGA